GUCUCUAUGAGUUCCAUUCUCAUAAAUCCCUUUGCUCUCGCUCUCUCUUGAACUUCUACUUUCUCUCUCUUCAUCCCCAUCUCCCAUCUCCACAUGUUCGCAACCCCAGAUCACUUCUGAGGUUGACAAGUGGUUUUGUGCUGUCUCAUCAACUAACAGCAACUCGGCCGAAUCGUCUCCAACAUGUCCUCCGACUCGGAAAAGGCCUCCAAGAGGGCCGAGAGCCCCAGCCCCAUCGUCGAGAAUGAUGGUGGUAACGCUGAUGGCCUUCAUCGCCGUCUCAACAAUCGUCAAGUUCAACUCCUCGCUAUAGGAGGCACUAUUGGUACUGGUUUGUUCAUCGGUAUCGGUGCCGGUCUGGCCAAAGGUGGCCCUGGCAGUCUCCUCGUCUGCACAGCUCUCUACGCCAUGGUUCUCGGUCUCACCAACAACUCUAUCGCUGAGAUGAACACUUAUAUGCCUGUCUCUGGCGGUUUCAUCCGUCUUGCUGGUCACUGGGUUGAUGAUGCCCUUGGCUUCAUGGUCGGAUGGAACUUCUUCUUCUACGAGGCUCUCCUGAUCCCCUUCGAAAUCGUCGCUCUGAACCUCGUUGUUUCAUUCUGGAGUGACAAUAUUACUGACGCUGGUCCAACUGCUGGCUUCAUCAUCGCAGUCAUCAUCGCAUAUGGUGUGUGCAAUAUUCUUGCUGUUGGUGUCUUUGGUGAAGCUGAGUUCUGGCUGGCCCUUGGCAAGGUCCUCCUGAUCUUUAUCCUCUUCAUGUUUACGUUCGUGACGAUGGUCGGGGGUAACCCCCAAGGUGACGCUUAUGGCUUCCGCUACUGGUCCAAUGCGCAUGACGCAUUCGCGACAUUCCGAACCGAAGGUGAUCUUGGACGUCUAGAAGGAUUUAUGGGUGCCUUGGCCUCCGCUGCCUUCUUUGUCGUCGGUCCUGACUACAUUUCUAUGGUCGCCGCCGAAUCUAAGCACCCUAGCCGAUAUGUCAAGACUGCCUUCAAGACCUGUUACUUCCGUUUCGGUCUCUUCUUCAUCGGCGCUGCCCUGACUUGUGGCAUCGUUCUUAGCCACACUGAUGAGACACUUGUUGAGGUCCAAUUUGGCAGCGGAUCCGGCGGUGGCACUGCUGCUGCCUCUCCUUGGGUCAUCGCUAUGUCCAACCUCGGUAUUGAAGGAUUGCCCCAUCUAGUCAAUGCCCUUCUUUUCACGACUAUCUUCUCUGCCGGCAACACGUACACAUACUGCGCAACCCGCUCCCUGUACAGUCUCGCCCUCGACGGACGUGCCCCUGCCUUCCUCCGCAAGACCACCAAGAGCGGUAUCCCUAUCUGGUGUUUCGCCGUCACCAUGGUCUUCCCUCUGUUGGCCUUCCUUCAGCUCGACAGCUCCUCCGCCGAGGCUCUGACCAUCCUUCUCGCCCUCAUCACCGGUGGCGGUAUCGUGGAUUAUAUCACCAUGAAUAUUACCUUCCUCUUCUACUACCGUGCGUGUAAGGCCCAGGGCAUUGAUCGCAAGAAGAUGCCCUACUUUGGCUAUUUCCAGCCCUACUGUGCCUGGAUCGCUCUUAUCCUUCACACAGUCGUUUGCUACACCUAUGGAUACACAUCCUUGGCCCCCUUCGACGCGAAGAACUUCUUCUCCAACUACACCAUGCAAAUCAUUGCUCCCUUCAUGUACCUAGGAUGGAAGCUCGUCAAGCGCACCAAGAUCGUCAGUGCCAAGGAGUGCGAUAUUGUCUGGGAGCGACCUGUCAUUGAUGCCUAUGAGGAGCGUGCUAUGAUUGUAGACCCCCCAACUGGCUUCUGGGAGGAGAUCAUUGGCCUUGUUGGUAUCAAGAAGAACAAGAAGAAGAACGCCGCUGAAGUCCAUGUCUGAGCGUGCACCUGGAAACGGUGAACGUGAAUGAAGAAUGACGCUGCAACAUUUAUGAUGCGCAGAAGCAGUGAGUCAGUUCGACAAUCGUCGCGACUGAGAAGAGGCCAAGCUCCGCUUAUCAUCAUCGAAGCGCAGAUAUCGUGGACAGAACCCUGCUGCGCCGCCUGAAGUUACAGGCGGCAUAAAAGAUACCCAAACGUCAUUCCCCAAUGGGUUGAGUGACGAUAGCUUGUAUGAAUUAGAGUAUAUAUACGAAUAUAUGAAUGAACAUAUCCUGCUAUG